AGUAAGCCUUCAACCUUCAUCUCCUUCCUCUUGUCUGCAAAACUAGGGUUUUUCAUUUCAAUCUCCUCUGUUUACCUAAUACUAUGACUAUUUGUCGCAUCAUCUUACGAUCCAUCCGUCGUUCUUCAUCACUCUCAACCCCUGUCGCCGCCACUCAAGCUAUCAAUCCUCAAUUCCGAUCGCAAGAACCUUACUCUCUACUUCAAUCCAGGUCCUUCGCCUUCUCCUCCGCCGAAGAAGCCGCCGCCGAGCGUCGCAGAAGAAAACGUCGACUCCGCAUCGAACCACCUCUUCUCGCUCUCCGUCGCGAUCCCAACGCACCUCGUCCCCCGCCUGACCCCAACGCACCUCGUCUCCCUGAUUCAACUUCCGCUCUAGUUGGACCUCGUUUGAAUCUCCACAAUAGAGUUCAAUCUCUCAUCCGUGCAGGAGACCUGAACAACGCUUCUAUCAUCGCAAGACAGUCUGUCUUCUCCAACACGCGUCCGACUGUUUUCACCUGUAAUGCAAUCAUGGCAGCGAUGUAUCGAGCUAAGCGUUACGAUGAUGCUGUUGCUCUCUUUCAAUACUUCUACAGACAAUCCAAUAUUGUACCAAAUGUUGUCUCUUACAAUGUUCUUAUCAAUACUCACUGUGAUGCUGGCCGUGUUGAUACUGCUCUUGAGUUCUAUCGUUAUAUACUAGAGAAUGCACCGUUCAGUCCUUCACAUGUAACUUACAGACAUCUCACAAAAGGAUUGAUUGAUGCUGACCGAAUUCAGGAAGCUGUGGAACUUCUUUGUGAAAUGCUUAGUAAAGGUCAUGGAGCUGAUUCUCUUGUUUACAAUAAUUUAAUUUCCGGGUUUCUUAAUCUAGGAAAUUUAGAUAAGGCCAAUGAACUAUUUGAUGAAUUGAAAGAGAGAUGUCUAGUAUACGACGGUAUAGUGAAUGCAACAUUCAUGGAUUGGUUCUUCAACCAAGGAAAGGAUAAGGAAGCGAUGGAAUCGUACAAAUCUUUACUCGAUCGACAAUUCAAGAUGAUUCCCGCGACCUGCAAUGUCCUAAUAGAGGUUUUGCUGAAACACAACAAGAAGAAGGAAGCCAUGGCUAUGUUUGAAAACAUGCUAGAUAUUCACACCCCUCCUGUUUUCCAAGGAGUGAAUUCUGAAACUUUUAACAUUAUGGUUAAUGAAUGCUUCAAGUUAGGUAAGAUUUCUGAAGCGUUAGAAACGUUUAGAAAAUCAGGCAAGAAGGUAGGGUCCAAACCGUUUUCAAUGGAUGUAGCUGGUUACAAUAACAUGAUUAUAAGGUGUUGCGAGCACGAUAUGGUUGAUGAAGCUGAGAAGAUGUAUUUGGAAAUAUGUUCCAAAUCCUUAUGCCCGGAUGUUACUAGUUACAGAACGUUAAUCGAUGCUUACUUCAAAUUGGGUAGAAUAGAAGAUGCUUUAAAUAAGUAUUCAAAGAUGGCUGAAGCUGGCUUAAGGGUUAUUCCAGAUUAUGCAAACAAAUGGUUUAGCUUAUUGAUUGAGAAUGGUAAAGUUUUGGAGUGUGCUCCCAUCUUAACGAAAAUGGCGGAGAAGGAUCCUAAACCAGACAUUGCAACCUAUGAUGUUGUAAUUAGAGGACUUUGUAAUGAAGGCAAUUUCGAUGUCAGUCUGGAUUUGCUUCGUCAGAUGAUGAGUUACAAUAUUGGUAUUAAUCCUACUAUGAAGGAGUUUGUUAAAGAGGCUUUUGGAAAUGUAGGACGGGUUGAGGAAGUUGAGAAAGUUUUCGCCACAAGAAAUCCUGUUCAAGGUCAAGGUAAUUCUUAUUAUCGUAGGCCACCUAUGGGAGGAUCUUUUCAAGGACAAUCACAAUCUCAGAUGCCAGGAAGAAACCCUCAGUACCCAGGACCAGUACAAGGGCAGCCUCAAAUCCAACAACAGUUUAAUGGAUAUUCAGAAUCACAAUCACAAUCUCAGAUGCCAGGACGAAACCCUCAAUACUCAGGACCAGUACAAGGGCAGCCUCAAAUCCAACAACAGUUUAAUGGGUAUUCACAAUCAGAAUCACAAUCUCAGAUGCCAGGACGAAACCCUCAAUACCCAGGACCAGUACAAGGGCAUCCCCAACUUCAACAACAGUUUAAUGGGUAUUCACAAUCACAAUCUCAGAUGCCAGGACCUGCACAAGGGCAGCCUCAAAUACAACAACAGUUGAAUGGGUAUUCACAAUCACAAUCUCAGAUGCCAGGACCUGCACAAGGGCAGCCUCAAAUACAACAACAGUUGAAUGGGUAUUCACAAUCACAAUCUCAGAUGCCAGGACCUGCACAAGGGCAGCCUCAAAUACAACAACAGUUGAAUGGGUAUUCACAAUCUCAAAUGCCAGGACCUGUGCAAGGGCAGCCUCAAAUGCAACAACAGUUGAAUGGGUAUUCACAAUCACAAUCUCAAAUGCCAGGACCUGUACAAGGGCAGCCUCAAAUGCAGCAACAGUUGAAUGGGUAUUCACAAUCACAAUCUCAUAUGCCAGGACACAACCCUCAAUACACAGGACCGGAACAAGGGCAGACUCAAAUGCAACAACAACAACAGUCUCAUGGGUACUACACACAAGGAAGCCUAGGACAGCAAUCAAAUGCGGAAGGAACUAUACAUGGAAACCCCACAUGGAUUCCGGAGGUGCGAUCAAGAGACACAACAUACAAUUGAUUUCUCGCAAGCUUCAGAGUUUUUCCCUGGAGUAGCAUUACAGAGUCACGAUCUCUUAGUCCAAGAUUCUUACCACUUAAAUUGGUGGGCUAGGGUAUGUCUAUUUUUUUUUAUAAUAUAAUCUCAAAUUGGAUAUUAGAUGUUAUACAUACUCAAUUUGUCACAUAAUUAUUCAAAGUUUAUUUU